ACUACCGAAGCAGAUGAUGAAGAUAAUAUUGCAAAGCAUUUGCUUAAAGAACUAAAGCCUCUCCAGCUGCAAAGGAGCAGCCAAUGGGUAAAGCAGAGCAGACAGAAGACUGCGCUCCAGCCAGUCUCCCAGCAAGAGAAGAGGCUCUGUGCCUGAGAAUGGAAGGUGCUCCAGACCCUUAACAAAGAGCACCACAGCCGUCAAAUCAAGAAAGGAACAAAGAUAUUGUAAGAUGUCCAACUCCAGCACAAACUCCUCAGGAAACAACUGCAGUCACAGCACAGUAAUAACUAAGACAGUCAUUCCCCUGGUCUACUGUUUAAUUUUCAUAGUAGGACUCUUGCUGAAUGGUGUGGCAGCAUGGAUCUUUCUCUAUGUUUCUAGCAAAAAGAGUUUUAUUGUCUAUCUCAAAAACAUCGUUGUUGCCGAUCUCCUAAUGAGCUUGACAUUUCCUUUCAAAAUUCUUGCCGAUUCAGAAAUUGCACCUCCACAGCUCAACACGUUUGUGUGCAGAUACUCUGCUGUUGUUUUUUAUACAAACAUGUAUAUCGGGAUAACAUUUUUUGGCCUCAUAGGUUUUGACAGAUACUACAAAAUUGUAAAGCCUUUAUUCACCUCCUUUGUUCACACGGUUAACUACAGUAAGGUGAUCUCUAUAAUCAUAUGGUUAUUGUUAAUGAUUAUAUCAUUUCCAAAUAUGAUUUUAACUAAUGAAAUCACUAAAGAAAAUUAUUCCAGAAAAUGUAUAGGUCUUAAAAGUGAGCUUGGCAGACAGUGGCACAAGGCGUCAAGUUACAUUUGCACAGGGAUUUUUUGGGUUGUUUUUCUUCUGCUAAUCGUUUUUUACACUUCUAUAUCAAAAAAAAUAUAUAGCUCUUAUAAAAAAUUCAGAAGGAAUUCAGAUGUGACCAAGAGAAAAACCAGCCGUAAUAUAUUCAGUAUCAUGCUUGUAUUUGUCAUUUGCUUUGUACCCUAUCACCUCUGCAGAAUACCAUACACUCUAAGUCAAACUAGCUCACAAUUCAACUGCCAGUCAAAAAAAACUCUGUUCUAUGCAAAGGAGUUUACUCUUGUACUGUCUGCUGCUAAUGUGUGCCUAGACCCCAUUAUUUAUUUUUAUCUCUGCCUACCCUUUAAAGAAAAGCUGUAUCAAAAACUGCAUCUCAAGCUCAAAACUUCAAGUGAGGUUGAAAGUUCCAAAUCCAGAAGAUCAAAUACACUUCGGGAAAGUAUAAACAUAGUGUAGGUUCAGGUCUGUAAAAUAACGCACAUUUCAGAAAGUUAUUCAAGAAUGCAAAUGUCUCAAAGAAACCCAACAGAUGAGAACCAGCACUAAAACAGAAAAAAGGUUUCAGCAUAAAAUACCAAAUGGCAUUUCUCUGUAUAAAAACAUUAUUGCAUGUUGCCAAUAUAUUUACUAUGUGCUGUUUCAGCUGAUGCUAUGAUUGCAUUAUGGUGUAAU